AAAAGCUUCAGCCUUCAAAUUUGAAGUCCCGUAAAAUACAGAGAAAUGGGAGUAUUAGGUUUGCGGCGGUAAGAGGGCUUUGAGAGACUUCAAGCUUGAGGCUUCCGGUACCGUUCUGAUUUGAAAGAAGGCUCAGGUAGGAGUGGGUCGAUUUGGGUUUUGAGCAGCCAUCAACAAAAAGAAGUGGGUAAUUUCUCUGUUGCAGCCAUGGUGGGUUGGCAGAGGCAUCUUCAGUCAGCAAUCCGUCAAAUUGGGAAAAGGGUGGAAUGUAGUUACAACCCUUCUGCUAACUUCUCUUCUUCUUCUUCUUCUCGGUUAGAGGGUGUCUUGCCUUAUUUUCAAACACUUUGCAAACCAUCUGCUCCAACCAUUUCAAGGCCCCUUCAUCAAUAUUUUCAGCACUUGGGAAUUUCGAGUUCAAGGACUUUACUAGCUGAGGAAACACCUUCUCCAUCUCCAUUGACUCCUCUUCUGACAUCAAAGACUGGAAAAGAUGAAGAGCACAAGCAAAAAUCACUGACUAAACCUGAUAAAGUUCAAGCUAUCUUAAAGGGCAUCAAACAGAGUCCUAAGAAGGUUAACUUGGUUGCUGCACUGGUACGUGGUAUGCGUGUUGAAGAUGCAUUGUUGCAGUUGCAAGUGACAGUAAAGCGAGCUUCCAAAACUGUGUACCAGGUCAUUCACUCAGCCAGAGCAAAUGCUACUCAUAAUCACGGGUUGGAUCCAGACCGUCUCCUUGUUGCUGAGGCAUUUGUUGGAAAGGGAUACUUCAAAAAGAGACUGUCCUACCAUGCUAAAGGCAAAUGUGGAGUUAAAGUGAGAGCAGAAUGCCGACUGACAGUGGUAGUAAGGGAGAUCACCCCUGACGAGGAGGCAGAGAUAGCCAAACUGAAAGUUAAGAAUUUCGUGAAGCUCACAAAGCGUGAAAGAAGGCUUGUUCCUCAUAAGCUUAUUGAGACAACUCCAAUUUGGAACCGCAAAGGCAAAGCCCGUGAGCGUGAACGAAAUGGUGCCGCUGCAUGAGCAAGCUUCCUUCCCAUGCUUUCAUAUUCUAAAAGAAAGUUUUGAGACUCCUCCUGUGUCCUUGAAUCUUGAUAAUGUUCCAAGUGUGAAUGAUGAAGUGCCAGAGUAGGAAGAGCAACCUUGUCGCAGUUUCUGGUAGUGGCUGCAUGCAGUUUUAAAUAUGUUUUUUUUAAGCCAUUGUAGUUUUGAACGCUUGAUAUGUUGAGUAUCAUCGUAGUCCCUUCUUACUUGGCUUCAUUUGAGAGAAUAAAUUAUUACCCAUUCCCCCUUC